GUCCGUUUCAGUAACUCUUCCGUCUCAAGAUGGCGGAGUAUGCAAACAUCGUCCGAAGGGCUUUGGGACAAAUAGGAGGUCAUGGUGGAGUCCGAGGUCUCCUUCUCCAGUUAUUCAGGGUGAAUGAUGUGAAGACAGGAACGCUGGUCGGCAUGGAUAAAUAUGGGAACAAAUACUUUGAGGACACCAAGCACUACUUCUUCGGACGUCACCGCUGGGUGAUCUACACCACAGAGAUGAACGGAAAGAACACCUUGUGGGAGGUGGACGGCAGCAUGGUUCCUGCUGAAUGGCAUCGCUGGCUGCACUGUAUGACAGACGACCCCCCCACCACACAUCCACCAGAGCCAAAGAAGUUCCUGGCUGAGAUCCACCAGUUCAACGUGAGUGGCAGCUCCCAGCAGUAUGUGCCCUACUCCACCACCCGCAAGAAGAUCCAUGAGUGGGUCCCACCCAAAGCCGGAGCUCAGUGAACUCUGACAGCAUAUUUGUAAAUUAUGGUAUCCUGCCUCUGUAUCCACCAUGUCCUGAAUAAAAUCUCUAUACAGACAUUUAGAACGGUAGUUGCAGUGCUUCCGUGAAAAUUGUACAGUUUUCCCCAGUGGCUGAGAAUUGAUUGGUUGGGUGGUUUAAGCUACUAUAUCAGACAUUUCAGUGUCUGCUGCAAACCAGCAAUACAUUUACAACCUUACUGCUAAUUAACAUCUGCAACCCCAGCGAAUCCACUGCUGGGUCAGUCAUUACAGUUUCAUGCUGUGCAGGAAGAUUUUGUUUAUGUCCACUUCAUUUUACAUCUAGUGGAGAUCCCAAAGUUUCCCAAGUAGCAAAUAUGUCAGCUUGAAUUUUGGGGAAGUUUGUCCAAAAUGAUUUACAAGACAUCUAGAAUCUAAUCUUUUGAUUGAAACUGCUUUAAUUGAUUAUAUAGCUGCAGCAAGAAUUUCAGUAUAUAUUGGAUGUGUUACUGUCAGAAAAGAUCUUCCCAACCUUAAAGCUACUUAUGGAGAAAUAUAAAUGGAAAACUGCAUUUCAAGAGGUUAAAAUGUUUUUUUUGUUUUUUUAAAUCAAGUGAUACUCAACUGCAUUUCUGUAUUUCCUUGCACAUGUGCAAAUGGAACACAUCAGUGUUCAAAUUUAAAGAAA